AUGUGUAAUAAACGCGUCAAACAUGCAGCAUUUGACGCAUUAGAGAAGAUUUGGCUAGAAGCGCCAAAUUGGCGCGCUCAGAUGUGGAUUUUACGUGUAGAUCAAGAAGAAACAUCAACAGAUAUAAAAUUUGAGCAAAGAUUGCACGAUAUUAGGGUGAUUAAAGAGUUAAAUACACAAUCAGAAGCACAAAAUAGAAAAUAUAAUACAUUGGAGGAGCAGAAAAUAAAAUGUGCCAACAAAGAAGCGUUUUUAACGCGUCAAAACGCGUCUAAAAUAACGCCAGAAACGAUACCAAAAGAAUCAGAAACAUCAGUUGUCCUUGUAGGGACAGUAAGGAGUGCAAGUGUUCCUUUCUGGCAGUGCCGUGGAAUAAAAUGGCAGGUUAAAGCAGCAGACGAACAUUUGCGUUUACGAUUUGCACGUUGGAGACGUACAUUGAGGCCUAGUGGAGAUACAGAGACAGCAUGGGUAUUGCGGUGGCCAUCUGGGCUACAGACGCUACUAUAUGGAUAUGCUUGUGAAGGGGGUGCACUGAAGGUACAGUGCAGCGUUUUUGACUCAGGAAUCAUGUAUAAUAUUGGAACCAAUAUAGACCAUGCACGUGACACACGUAAGGCGCAGAUCAAGAAAGCAAAUAAAGAGUCAUUGCGUCAAUUAACUGUAGCAGCACUACGCUUGCGCGGAAUUAUGCCGCAACAUGAAGAAUUUAAACAAUUAGUGGAACAGACAAGUUCAGCAGCAAUAUUUGCAUGGAGAGACAGUAUUGGACGAAAAAGGAUUCCACUUGAUGCACAGCAAUGGGUAGUUGAACGACUUAUUGGAACAUUUCUUCUUGAGAUGCCAUGUUUUAAGGAAAAAGGUCUUGGAAAAGCAAUAAUUAAAAAUAAAACAGCUGAAAAAACAAUAAUUAAAUCAGGUGUCUAA